UAGGGCUUAACUAUGCAUAUCAGAUGCUAAUCGAGUGGUGACUGACUGUUCGUUUAUUUGUUUGCGCAUUUCGUUAUUUUAUUUUCAUUUAGUCCGUUAACGCCGAGCUGAAUAAACGCGAAAUCGCAUAGCCAUUGAUAAAAUCAUCGAAGUGCCUUUACGAGCUAUAUGAAGCGUGUGCAAAUCAUUGGAAAAAAAAUUGAAAAGUGCCUAAAUGAUGUAGUGGCGGCUCAAUAAAAAAAUGGUGUUUGACUUUGUACCACAACAACUGGCUCCAUUUGGAUGCCGAACUGCCACCAGCAGUAGCUGCAAUAUCAGUAGCAAAUGUUAUUUCAAUUGUUCAUGCUUCUGUUGCCGUCAGGGAUGUUGCACUGUCAUAUCUUGUUGCUGCUGCUAUUGCAGCAGCGAAUUGAGUAUCAACUUGUGCUGCAGCAAUCUCCGCCGUUCAUCACCUACUACACUAAAGCCUUUACACAAAAAGUGGAACGGCAGUCUAAGCGUAAUUCCAGCAAUAGUCCUGUCAAUUAUAUAUCAUUGGUUAGUUCAAAUCAUAAGGAUAUUAGAAAGCGUCUUGCUGCUGCAUCGUAAAAAAAAGAAUCCGCUAGGAGUAGCAAUUAUAAGACGCUUACACAGUGUAUGGAAGACAUCACCGAGUGUUAGUAACAGUGCCAAUCCUCAGUGCUUAGAUCUCCGAAAGGAAUUGAAAGAGCAAUGUCGACAUGUACAUAUGUGCUAUGAUAUUGCCAAUGAUCAGCAGUUAAAGUCGAACAAUUUAUGCAAAAUGUUUUGCAACAACCGUAAACGACAACGAAGGCGUAAGCGAAGGCGUAGAAGACGUAGGCACAACAAUAAUAACAAUAACAUUGGCAACAGCAAGCAAACAGCAAGCCACAAUCGAAAAAGGCAGCAGCAACCUAAUAAACGAUGUGAUAUUCGAUGCUGCCAAAGCAAUAUGCCUCCAAACUUUAGUCUAUCCAAGGCUACUUCUGAGAAUAUGCCUGGAUCUAUGUCAGCCCUCAGUGAAUUCAUGUACUCGUGGACAUUAUCGCACUCCCAUGUGCAUUCUAUAGACACUUUGCCACGGCAUUGCUUUAAGGCAAACCGGAAUCGUGCAAAUUUUGUUUGGCUGUUAAUUGGACUCUUCUGGCUGGAAGUAAAACUAAUCAAUUGCAAUACAAUCAAUGUGAACAGUGGUGGCUAUGUCUCGAAUCUUGCAAUCGUGCAAAAAGCAUGUACGCUAUGUCAACUUGAGAUGGCAAACAUUUACGCAGAUAAAGAUAACCCUCACAUAGACUACAACAAUAACAAUAACAAUAACAAUAACAUGUACAAUAACAAUGACUUCAACAAGGUAAAAAUGAGUCGUAUCCAUAAGAAACCUGAUGAUCACUACAACCUCAAUACCAACAAUAAUAAAAAUAAUAAUAAUAAUAAUGACCAUCAUCAUAUUAACAAUAUUAUGCUCAGCGAUCGUGUGCGUUUGGAGUCAAUAAAACGACAGAUACUCAGCAAACUUGGACUCAGUCAGAAGCCAAAUGUAUCGCAUCCUUUGCCGAAACAAUUUAUCUGGGAGACGAUUUAUCGAGCGGAUGGUGGCCUUAACAUUGCGCAUGAUGACACAUUUCAGAUUAGUGGAAGCAGUCGAGUAAUCAAUAAAAAGCCGCCGAAACUGCGAAAUUUAGUGAUGAUCAAUGACUACAGUUAUAAAAAUGAUGCCAAACAAACACAUCGCAGAAAUUCCAAAUCAUCGAAUUGGGUUCCACAUAAUCCAAGAACUUUAAUAGGAAUAAAAUCAGACUCUAAGGAGUGGCGAAAUAGGCAAAAUAAAAAGAGGAAUCAAAGGGCAAAUGCUUACAAUAAAUCAACAUAUCUUUUAGAUAUACAUCGUAGUAGUGAUAGUGUUAACACUAACUCGGAUAACGCGAACUAUCAACAACAGCAUGAUCCAAUGUAUUAUCGUAAUAUCAACAACGGAGAACAAAUACAUUCAAAACUGAAGGAUCUUAAUGCAAAUACUAAUAACAACGCUCCCACACAGUAUUAUACCAAUUAUGAAGAGGAAAAUAUGAUUCACGAGUCUAUACCUAUGGAUAUACCUGAUCAAGAUGCACUUGGAUUUGAGCGCGAAGACUUCUUUGGUAACACUCAAGAGAUUAUCACAUUUGCAGAGGAAGGAACACAAUAUCAUCAAUAUCGUAUAGUUGAGUUUUCUCCACAAAAAACAUGGACACCAAAUCAAAAGCUAUCUAUUCGAAGUGCGCAAAUGCAUUUACGAAUUGAGAAACACCGUAAUGGCAAGGAUGCAACAUCACCAGGAAUUAAUUUUCAAAUACAAAAAUUAUUUGAAAUAAAGGGAAAAAAGAAGAACCAUUACAUUGGAAGUGGAAGUGUGCCUCGCGAACGAAUUAAAAUAUGGGUAUUCCGUAUGACUGAUAACAUUAAUAUCACAGAAAAGGUAGUUGAUCAAGCUUUCUUAUUCCGGGCGUCAUUUGAAGUUGUAACCGACAAUUUGGGUUGGCAACGUUUUGACAUGACCGAAACAAUUAGGGAGUGGUACAGCGAUCACAAGAAUAGAAAUUUGCGUCUGUUGAUUGACUGCACGGGAUGUGGAAGCCAAUAUUCAUUGCACUUGUUCCCAAGGUCGUCGUCCAUCCAAGCAGCUUCAAAAAAUAUGAAAUCGGUGAAUAACGUAAAUCCGAAUCGCCCUUUCCUUGUGCUUCAUACCGAGCCAACAAGACCGAGACGUGUGAGAAGACGUGCUUUGGAUUGUGGUGGUACCACUAGUGGACAAUGCUGUAAGGAAUCGUUUUAUGUAUCGUUUAAGGCGCUUGGAUGGGACGAUUGGAUCAUCGCACCCCGUGGGUAUUUUGCAAAUUAUUGCCGUGGCGAAUGCACUGGGCCUUUUCGAACUCCGGAUACAUUUCAAACAUUUCAUACGCAUUUCAUAGAAGAAUAUCGAAAAAUGGGACUGUUAAAUGGAAUGAAACCCUGUUGUGCUCCUGUCAAGUUCUCGAGCAUGUCGUUGAUCUACUAUGGCGACGAGGGUAUAAUUAAACGUGAUUUGCCAAAAAUGGUUGUUGACGAAUGCGGCUGUCCUUAAGAUACUUUUUGGAUCUUAUUCUGGACUUUCGUAACCAUGAUAUCUUCCGUCUGUCAAAAUUAUAUUAUUUUGGACAUGAGUUCAUUGGAAACAUCGAACAGUUUAACAAGUGUGUCACACAUAACAAAAAUCUUGAAAAUUUACUAAUUUUGUGUACGUAUUUGAAUGUAUUAAAAAUUAAUACGUUGAUAAUUGAAUGGAUUAAAUGAUUUUGGAAUGUACAAGUAGAACUCAUUAACAAAAGUGCCUCUAUAAUAUGCGAUCGAUCAACUGUAUACAUAAACAUUGUAAACUGUUUUAAUUUAAUAACAACAAUACUAUAAAAUUAAUUAUUUAUAUAAGUGACACUAUUUUUGUAGCUGUUUCCAGAAUUUCACAAAAUAAUUUGCCAAUAAUUUUUACCUUUCACAUACAAAAAAAAAAAUUAUUUCGUUCAUUACAUUAAUGUUAGGGAGUCAUUCAUUCAGCAUAAAGUCAAUUACUCAGAAAUAUUUCCUGACUAAAUAAUCAUAUUAUCCUAUCCUCAAAGUUUAUGUAAAGUAUAUGUUCUUAUUCUAUUACAUGAUUAUUCUUAUUAUUCUUUUAGAAUAUUAUAUUUUAUUUAUAACAAUUUAUUGAAAUGUGUUUCAAAUUACAUAUAUGUUAUCUUUUUAUACCCGCUACCCAUAGGGUAGAAGGGUAUUAUAACUUUGUGCCGACAGGAAAUGUAUGUAACAGGUAGAAGGAGUCACUCCGACCCUAUAAAGUAUAUAUAUUCUUGAUCAGGGUCAACAGCCGAGACGAUCUAGCCAUGUCCGUCUGUCCGUCUGUGUGUCUGUCCGUCUGUCCGUAUGAACACCUGGAUCUCAGAGACUAUAAGAGAUAGAGCUAUAAUUUUCGACAGCAUUUGUUAUGUUUGCACGCAGAUCAAGUUUGUUUCAAAUUUUUGCCACGCCCCCUUCCGCCCCCGCAAAUCAAAAACAUCGAAUAACAAGCGUAAUUUUAAAGCUAGAGUUACGAAUUUUGGUAUAUACAAUAAUAACUAUAGUAGUUAUGAUUCCUAAAAAUUUUGUUGAGAUCAGAUAAAAAUUGUCGAAGUUUUUAAAGAAAUACUUUUGUAUGGGCAAAACCGCCUACUUACUAGGGGUCUUAGUUGCUUUGGCUGACAAUCUGGUAUAUUGUGCCAUCUAUGGUAUAUUUUAAAUGCGGUACUAUAUCGUUAUACCACAUAUACCAUUUGGUAUAUUUUUAGUAUUUUUGCAGUACAUUUGGUAUAUUUUGAGAAUAAUACCGCGAAAUAUAUUUCUUUUAUUCAACAUGGGUAGCGGGUAUCUCACAGUCGAGUACACUCGACCUGUAACUUUCUUACUUGUUUCCAUUCAAAUUUGAAUUGUCUGAUGCAAAAUUUAUGAACAAUUGUCAAAGUAGUUGGUAAUGUAUAUUAUUAAACAAGAAUAUUUUUUAGUUUUAAAUUUAACUGAGUUUAUUCAGAACACACAUAGUUAUUAGUUUGAAUUGUUAAAUUACAAAAUCAGUUUUUACCCAUUGGGUCCACUUUUCAAACUUCAACUGACAUUUAAACUCUCCAAUAUAUGUGUUAUAUAAUAUAUUGUAUUGUUACAAAAGUCAUAUGUUUGAAAUGUACUUUUCUUGAUUACAUUUGAAAAUGAGUAAAAUCUACUAUCAAUAACCGUACUUGAGAAUAUCUCCGACCAAGGUUUCAGCACAUCCUUGAAAAAAAUUAAAGAUUAAAAAAAAAAGUCUUCAUUUUAUGGCCUUGAAAAGUCAUUGGGUGCAAUAAACCAUAUACAAACCUCUCUUCGACAUCAAUAAAAUUUAACUAAUCAUUUGCUACAUCUGUUUAGUUCAAUAAUUUCUCCCUACCAUCAUGGAUUAUGAAUCGGAGAUCCAUUAUUUCUUAUCUGCCCGAGUAUGUCUCGUUUGCUAUCAAAGAAUUCCUUAAUAACGAAAGAACUGGUUUUAUAAAAAGAGAUUUUACCAAAGCUUUCGGCUCCGUUAAUCAUUCCCUUAAUCUUAUUGGAUGCCCAAUUAAUUUGUUAUGCUAGAUAUCUAAUAAUUUUGUUACUAAUACGUGCAUUACGAGUUACUUCUCGUGUUCUUCAGGGUAGUUAUCUCAGCUCUUCACUUUUUAUCACAAUUUGAACAUAAUCUCGGGAACUAAUAUACGCAAAUUAUGUUAAAUUAUGCCUACAUACAAACAAUAUCGAGUUGCAAGCAAUAUCUUGAUGCUUUUCAGUUAUGAUGUAUGUGAAUUUGAUAAAGUUCAACUGUUUUGUUUUUGUCCUUCCAUAGAGUCAAUCCGUAUUUGGCUUCUCUCUUAAUGAACGGUAAAUAUUUGGAUAGAAUGACUGCUGUUUUUGAGAUACUCGCUACUCAUACUUAAUUCAUUAAUUUGGUGUCUCUUCAAUAUAUGUUGUCUUUUUAUAUAUAUAUUAUAUGUAUAAACAAAAUAAAACAUAGUAAUGACAACGGCGAAUAUAUGUACUUACAUAAUAAUGUAUCCACUCCAUUUAUCACCUAAAUAAAAUAAAAAUCUAUGAAUACCAAAACAUUCAUCUCGAUCUAAGAAUCAAGCAAAAUAUAAUCUAAUUAUUACAUCUAUAACUUUCAAGCUAAUAAUAAUUAUUAAUUCUAUUAUCUCAACUUUAUAAUAUUUACAUAAGUUAAUAACUAGAUAAACUGUAUUUGUUUGUAUUCAUUUAACCAAAAAAAAAUCUGUGUAUACAAAGGAUUCUUUUCAUUAAAUCAUAUUUAAAAUUAUAUAAUCUAUAUAAAUCAUGACAUGUACGUAUGCAUAACGUAUACAAAUGAAACACCUAGUUUACAAGAAAUAAAGUUGAUUAAGAGAAAAAAAAUAU